CUGCCGUCUCUCGCGUCUACGAGUUAUUAAACUUGUAACAGGAAAUGACAGAUCCCCUCAUUUCUCAGGUGGGCAAUGUUGGCGUGGCACCCACUCGGGGGGUAAUCAGGUGGCGGAUUUCCCCGCCCCCCCCCCCCCCAGCAGCCGCAGAUAGGCGAGCGGUGCCACCCGCAGCGCUAGGAAACCCCGUGACGUUACCAGGGAAAGAGCAGCUCCCGACUGACGCAGGUUAGCAGGCGGCCGCCGCGCUACAAAAGGGACCGAGGCGCCGGCCGAGAGGCAGAGCCUCCGGAAUGAAGUCGCACAACGGCAGAAGGGCAGAGAGUUCGCCGACCGAGAUGGAAGAUCUGAGCGCCGUGCUGUGUGAGUUUGAUGCGGUGAUGGAAGACUUCGCUUCCCCGCUCAGCAAGAGACACUUUAGGUAUGAGGAGCACCUGAGGUGUAUGAAAGGGCGCAGCAGUACAAGCGUCAGCGGCUCUGGUGUGAAUGAUUCGGACAGUCCAGGUUCACUUCAGAGAAACAGUUUCGCCUUCAGUGACGAGCAGCUCAAGAGUUCUACCGUUCCCUGUUCUAGAGCAAAACUUGGAGAUACAAAGGAACUGGAAGACUACAUUGCAGAUUUGAACAGAACAUUAGAAAGCAUGUGACGGGGAAAUGAUGAGCUUGGUCCUGGGCCACGUUUGAACACUUGAAAAACAUCAGCAAGAAAAACAUGUUCAAUCUACCAACAUUUCUCAAUGAUGUUUGCACUUUGAAAUAGUUGCCAGCUCUUGCAACAGUUAAUGCAUCUCAAGACUCUAGAUAUAAUUGUGCUGUUCUUAAAAAUCUAGUUAGAUCAGAUUUCUAUAAAACAAGUAUAGUAUGUAUUUGUAUAAUGAGGUUUGGGUGGAGAUGGUUGAUUUUUGGACUUGAAAUAGUGCUGUGCUGUUUCAGAGGAUUUGAGGAAAAUGUAAUUGGGAAGGGAUUAAAUGAGGCCAGUUAAAACAGGAAUGUUUCCAUUUCAGUGAUUCUCUUGGCCUUAUUUCUAUGAUUUUAGGUCACAAUGGUGCUGGCUGCCUUGUGGCCAGUCUGUCUUGGGAGAGGAGGCAAAGUACAAGGCCUCCAUUUAGAAAUGAUCUGCACAUUCUUCCCAUUGGGUCUUCAAUCAUUUUUAUUACUAAUAAUCAUUUCAUAUUGAAAUAUUUUGUAAAUUAAAACAUUGGAGUAAACUUUGCUAGGGUCAAACAAGUUUAACGCAUGGUACUGCAAAAUGAAACUUUUUACAAGACUUCAUCUGUUACCUUUUUGCUGUACUGAAUAUUAAAUAAUUACUUUUGGAAUGAGUUCCAAUUUAUGAAUGUUAUCAAGUGUUGCUGCCUGACUUAUUUUCAAUAUUUGAGAUCGACAGCUAAAAUUUUCCUGCCAGUUAUUAGCAUUCCAAACAGACAGAA